UUAGUUCACCUUUUCGAAAAAAUUCAGCACAAAAAAGGUUGUAUGGAUUUGGGCCCCUCUGCAAGGGCGGCAGUUUGAUCUUCUUCGCUGGUUGCUGGUCAGUAGAAUCAGUGUGCUGUCUCUGACAUCUGCGCUUGUUCCUUUCAUUGCCAAUCCAUUUCUGCAAGUAUAACAUUUGUCCUUUACAAAAAAGUUUCAACCGAGAUAAAAUUAUUGGCAGAAGAGCAAGAAAAUGCUAAUUAAAAAAGGCUUUGUAUGCCAUUAACGUGUAUUCUGAGAGCUAUUGAUUUUAUUAUAUGUCUCAGAUAGUACACACGCUGUGAUUGGUCAAUUUUGUGGGCCGUACUGACCCGCUAAACUUGUCCGAUACAGUGCAAAGUCUCCAGAGAUAUAACAAAUAUCUUACUAACCUCGUUUUUCUCGGUCCGUAUUGCAAGUUACGGAUCCUCGUUUCCCCCUCCAUUUAUGGCCCAAGCGCGAGUAACUUACAGUAUGGACCUCAAACUCGGUUAGUAAAAGGUAUAGCGUCAUAGAGCAUAGAAAUGCUUCUCAACAAGAAAGUUCCGACAAAUAAAAAAAAAUCCCCGAAUCGUUUAGCUUCUUUAUUUCACCCUUUUGCAGUAUUUUUUUCUUCACAUGAAAGAUCAAAGCCAGAGCUUUGUUUUAAACAAAAAAUUCAGAACUGAAUGAGCAAGGGUGAGACUAGUCUGUGGAGCUGCAGACCGCGGAACCAGCGGAACUUACGGAACCUACAGAAAAGACUACUUUUUCUGCAGUAAUUCGACUCAACUUCGGCCGAUUUGAAUAAUCAGUAGAAGCAGACCCUUUUGGGUGCUUUUAGACUCGAAAGAACGCCGUAGACAGGCAACCAGUCACAGGCCGUUUCAUCUAUCCCAUUAACGUAUAUACGGACCAAUCUGCGAUUGAGGCAUACAAAAUACGGAAUGACGCCACAACGAGAUGCAAAUCCCAGGAGCGUCCUGUUCCUUCCUGAGCGGAAGUGGUGGCAAAAUGGUGUCUAGACUUCACCGAGAGUUAGAACAGUCGCACACAUUAUUUCCUGUAUAAACAAUAAGCUAAUAACAGAAAAAAAAUUAAGGCCUAUUUAAAUGGCAUAUCUCACUAAAUAAAAUUCAAAAGGAGCAAUCAUAGGAGAUGCAUCAAUGCCAAACUGGAAUUGAGUGAGAAAAUUGUCCCCAUCCCUUCCCGAGAAUUGAAAAGUGGUUGGAGAUCAUCCAGCCCUGUCGUUGGGAACGAUUUUUGCACUUCCAAUCUUGUAUCCAGAGUCGACGGUGCUCUUUGGUCAGUGGAUGUUUGGGCGACGGGUGGGGUUAUCGCUUGGUCCAAUCAGGAGCCCAUAACCUAAAUUAGUAGUUUCAUUUUUACCACUUAAAGCAUUGUUUAUAUCCAAAAGCUCUGUGUGACAGUUCUAACUUUUGGAGAGGUCAGGGAACGAUUUUUCACUCACUUUUGGUCUUUGGAGGGUCUUGGGACGCUUUUUUGAUCAACUAACGGUUGAUUGUGACACUUGCGUGACACAUCCGGUUUCUCGGCGUGAUCCCUAGCUUGAUGUGUGAAGUCGGUCUAUAUCAUGUGUGUAACAAUCGCUCAUCAUUGGUCUACUUGAACAUGAACGAGUGUAACGAGUUCGACAUCAUGCAUGUAUCAAUGUAAAUCACGCGGGGGGUUGUGGGGUUGGGUAAGGGGCUUUGAUUUGACAACUCUUAAAAUUUUUGGAAUUAAAUUUCCCAGUGCGGGAAACUAAUGUCAAUCAAAAGUGUCAAAUAAGCCCCACCAUGGGGCAACAAUUCUAAAGAGACAAUAAUGUAAUACUAUAUAAAACAAACACAAAAAUACCAUUUGAAAAGUAUGUUCUUGCUACUAAGUUAAACUGAAAAUACGACUGCUCAUUGUUGUUUGUGCAGUUACAAAAAAGUCGAUAAAAUUUGAAUCACUUUACAUUCAGUGUGCUGUUUGUAACUACCAUCGAGAACACAACUUUAAAUGAAGAAGACUUUUCUCAGUUUAAAAGAGACAGUUUGCUUGGGCUGACCAGAACUUUAAAGAUAAAUCAGUAUCAGUCAAACUCAAAUGUCCCGACCACUGGGUCGCUUCGCACGAUCAAAAGCCAGACAGGGGGGAUAGUCUCACGCAUCAAAUGCCCGCCUCUUGCCCGCACUCCACCCCACUCCCCGCCCCCCAACAUGCAGGAUUUGCAUUAAAAUGUACAUUAAGAGGAUGUUUAGCUUUUCUGUAGGGUUGUCGGAACAACAACAAGGAGCUUUAAUUCUGAUGAACGUAGUAGUUCUCACACGACUGUAAAACUCUAAACUUGUACUUUAACACGGCCCUGCCCAGCUGCCAAGUGAACUAUUAACUUUUCAGUACUGAAGUCAACACACAGGACCUCUGUCAUGCUUGAAUGAACACUAACUCACUUCUUCAGCCUGUGAACAACUAGUCAUUCCAAACCUCUAGCUCGGAGGCUAAUGUACUUCUUACAUGAAAUUCUAGAACCUUCUAAAUAGCUUGAUAUUAGUAGCAUUACAACAUUCUUCUAUUUACAAAGACUGACAAAAACUGCUAAAUCACUCAAAGGAAAUAUAAACACAAACACUAAUUAAAUAUUCAGGAAUCUUCCAGACGUACAUGCAAGUUCUAGUCGGUCACGCAAUGCAUGAAAGCAAUUUUCAAUGCAUAACAACCAGAUGGAGGCAUCGGCCUAUCUACGGUGCUCUUUCGAGUCCAAAAGCACCUAAAAGGGUCUGCUUCUACUGAUUAUUCAAAUCGACUGAAGUUGAGGCGAGUUAGUGCAAAAGACGCAGUCAUUUCUCUAGUUUCCGCUUGUUUCUGCAGUUCCACAGUUUAGUCUCACCCCAAAGCUUAAUGCAGUCAUAAAAAAGCAUACCACGCGAUCCUCAAAGUAUGGUGAGAAUACCAUGUCCAUUCUUAGAAGAACCUUAGUAGAAGUAUGGGCGACAACAAAAUUGGUGGACGGGUGGGCCGCGAGGAGAGAGUGAUGUCUGUCACUCACGAUCAAGCAAAACAACUGAAAGUGCCUAUAAAACAAUGAGCCUGGAUGACAUGUUGUACCAUGGAGUUUUUACCAACAUAAAACACUAAAAAAGACCACAGCAGAGCACAAUUGUAUGUCGAGAAAGCUGCCAUACGAAUAAACAGCAAAAAGUGAAAUGUCUGUAAUUCCCGUCGAUAGUUUAAAGGGGCCUCCGAGAAACAGAAAUUUCGAUUGCCUUAUCAUGAAAGAGAUGACAAACCUACCCCAACUUGAUUCUUCGAAAGAUCGGCUUCUUCAGCUGCUCGGGCUAUCUGUUCUUGGUGCUGCUGGCCAGUACCGAUCAUUCCAUUUUCAAAAUAUCGCUUAAGUAUAUUUCUUUGAACGUCCGUUAAGAGGGUAUAUCUUUGUGCACGCGGUUUUACGACUUUGCUUGCCAUGAUAACGUCGGUCCACAGUGCAACACUUCAUUCCGCCAUGAUGAUUUUCUUUCGCCUCAUUCUAAUCUAAACGAUGAUUGGUCAGAAUCAGGAUAAUAGGAGCCUUUGUCAUGUUAGCUGGCACGGAUGAUCAUCUUACCUGGCUAUCACCCGUAAUUCUAAAUUUAGAAAAUAUGGGUUUGACCCAUUUAGAAUCCGAGAUACGGGUGCACAGGAGCAACCAUCUCCAUAAAGCUUUCCAGCUCCAGCUCUCUCUCCACGUGCAACUUCCAGCUUCUCUUUAUCAUGUGAUAUGUUGCAAUUUAUCGCGUGAUAAACUGACUAAUUAUUGCGCGAUAAUCGGUAUCUGAAUAAUUAUCGCGCGAUAUUUAAUCAAAAAUAUUCAAACUUAUCGCGCGAUUUUAUUUUUUAGUUUAUCGCGCGAUAUCUGAAGAAUUAUCGCCCUAUCUUUAAUCAAAAAAACCGUGGAAUGUCCUCUAUGGAUCACCGUAUAACAAUACUUUCGACUUUUAAAAUAUUGCAGAUCUGAUUGUAAAUGUAUUUUCUUUUUAUCACCCUAGGACAGGAAGCAGGUCCUUACUCAUAUGGAAAGAGCUGAGAAGGCAAAAGUAAGUUCAGUGAGAUAUGUAUCGUAGUGUGCGCUUGUUGUGCAUUUCACUUGAUGAAAAGUUGGACAUUGCCAAAUUGGUAACUGAGUUUGAUUAAUAUACAAGUCGUUACCACUUUGGCAUUUUUAACAGACAGGAAUUUAUUUUGAGUUGCAGCGUCGCGAACCCUUAACAGUAGGGCGCCCUGGGGGACGUUUGCUCAGGUCUGAGUUAAUAUCUCCUGUAUUCAUACAGAUACAAAUAAUAUAGUUUGCCGAAUGACAGACAUUUACCAGUGAAUCCCGGUUACGGUUGUCACGACAUACGCCACUUCCACAUUUCCCAUAAUGCACCUUAUUUGCCCCCAAAAUUUUGCAUAAGCAUUGUUUUCAAUUUCCCUUGAGACGGUUGUAAUACCCAGGAGAAAUGAAAAACAAAGGUUAUGCAACAUUUUGGAGGCAAAUAAGAGGCAUUAUGGGAAAUGUUGAGAUUACGUAUAACAAAUAACCCAGAGGAAGGUUUGUAGACUGAUGGAAUUGGCUUUUAUCAACUGGCGUGAUUCAAAGUGAUCCUUUCUUAAUUACUUUCUCGUUACUCGAAAUCUUUUUAAUCAGGCGUCAAGAGCCCCUCUACACAAGGCUGCAAUCAGUGGACAGUACGAGAUGGUCAAAAUGCUUCUUGAAAGUGGUGAAGAUGUGGAUCAAAGAGAUCAGGUCUUAGUCUUCCCCAGUCUAUAUAAAUCUAAUGCUUACGGAUUCUUAGAUUCUUUUCUUGCUUUAGAAGACUACGAGCAGGAGCCUUGCGUUCAUGAACCAACACACCAUUCAAAUUGGCUGGUGGUGACAAGCGUGAUUGACAGACAGCAAAUUGUUUUUGCUGAAAAUAUCCACUGUAUAAGUCGUAACUGUUCAUCAGUAGAAUGCCUAAGCUACAUGUAUGUUCACACUAUGUAUGUUUACACUGUGUUCACACUGUGGCACCACGAAAAGCUAUCCGGUAUAGUAUAAACAACAACGGUCCGGGGCGGCACAAGUCGUUUACACACAUUGAACAUCGUGCCUGCGUGGUUGGCCGAGAUAGUUUGGUGCACUAAAUUAUUUUCCUCAUUCUUUAAAAUUUAUUUCCGUCUUACUAAAUAAUUUUCGUGACGUUCCGAAUAGGUGUUCACAUUGCACCAAAGUAUGACACAAAACCUAUCCGGUAUGUGAUGCUCCACUUUAGAGAUCGGCGCGGCACAAUUUUAUUUCGCUUCGUCACAGAAAUUUCGCCGCCACAGUCGUUCUUAUGUGUGAACAGAAGACCUAUCCGGUAUGAUUUUCUUGGCGGCGCAAAAGCUAUCCGGCUACAGGAGAAAUCACAAAAUUCUGUUUUCGCAUCAUUUUCUAGAAUUUUGAAUGGCUUUAUCAUUUAAAAUUCACUAGUUACGGAUAGCUUCAGCAUAGACUCGGGUUAGCUUUCAUUUUUUGUGUCUUAAAUAGGCAAUUAAGCCAUAGUAAACCGUUUGCCUCUCCAAUCCGUUUUUUAAGGCCUGUUAAACUGACCAGGGAAGAGCUUAAUAUUAAGGUUCUUGAUGUUGUAAGUGGUUUAAACCAACGAAUCCUGUCAUUAGUAGGCCGGGAGAGUGUAGCCCUGAAAAGAGCUGUUGACCACACUGACCCUUUCACAACCCGUGCUGAAGUCAUCAUCAGGGUCAAGAAAAACUCUUUUGAUGACUCUUGCACAGGAAGGUGACUCUGAUGAUCACUUCUGCAUGGGUGGUCAAAAACGUUACUAUUCAGUACUGCACUCAUCCGGACGAUCAUAUUCAAACUUCUUUAAUAUAUUUUAAGUCUGUAUUUUCGAAAAGUUAUGGAGACCUAAUUUAUUUUGAAUUUGGAAGGAAUUUCCGCCUUGAAAUUUUAAUGGGUUGAGGCGAAGCAGAAACUGAAUAUAACUUUAUUAUUUUAUUUGUCUGGUUUGUGUUUGUUUAUAUGUUUUUACCACAGGAGCCUGUAAAUGUUCAGUUUUAUCUGCAUUUUCCUAAUAAAGAAUCAGUGGUUUGAAUGAAAACAUACAGCUUUGUUCUACCAAUUUCUAAUGCAAAAAAGUAGUAUAGGGCGCUCACCAAAUUAUCUUUUUUUGCGAUGCAUUCUCAUUAGCGUGCGGUGGAACAUAUUAAUGUCGAUGACGUCAUAGCCUUUUGUCUUUAUCUCAUGAAUAAAAUGCGGUGGAUUAUCAUUAUCGUCCCUUUUGUGUAUUUCUGAUACAAUAGAAACAAUAGGCUUGUGGUGGUGAUGGAGGGAAAACAAUAGAAUUGUGGUGGUGGUGGUGGCGGUGGAUAUGGAGGGAAAACAAUAGAAUUGUGGGGUGGUCGUGGUGGUCGUGGAGGGACAACAGAAAUGUGGUGGCGGCGUUGGAGGACGAGAAACAAUAGAAAUGUAGAGAAACCAAAUAGCCCACUUUCGAGUUCGCUUUGACCGCUGAAUUAAGGAAGUGAAGACGCAUUUUUUACAGCCUUAGCCUCAAUCUGAAGUAAUAUAUUUACAAAUUCCAACGAAAAAAUGACCUGUUUAUUACUCGGUCUAUUGUGUAUAUUCAAAUUUCAAACACUUACUUGCGAGAAUUUCUGAAUAUUUUACUUUACGUCGAGGCUAACCCUGUAUGAAUGUGUCGUUAAUAUUUGUAUUCAGCGGUGAUUUUUAAUUCGAAACUGGACUAUUGUGAUGAGGGGAAAAUUGGUGGAAAGAGCUAUUUUGCUUCCAUUCUUUUCGUGCCAAGAAUCAGUGAACCGGAACCAGGAAAAUAAAUUGUCUGCAAUGAACAAUGACAGCGGCAGGAAAUAAAAGUGUAUAAUUAAUUAACGUUUGGGCUCAGUGAUUUUAGAUCAAAGGCGAGUUAGCGUUUAUUCGUUCAACAAUAUGAAUCAACCAAUGAAUACUUUUUUUAGUUUUAAGUCGGCCAAUCAAAAACCAAGUCAUUUAUCGACCUGAAAAUUACUAGAAAAUUUGUCAAACCGGAUAAUUAGAACUAGAAGAUGACAAACAGGUUAAUCUGGUCAAGGCUAUGCGAGACAAUUUUUUCUAUUUUAUUAGGGCCAAUUCAAACGUCAAUUUUUUCAUGUACCGAUUUUAAUACUUCUUUAGAUCGACCAAAAUGAUGAAAGUUCGGCGGUUGAUUCAGACGUCGAACUUAAUUAGUCGGACUCAAUUCAUUUUCACGUUGUUCAAUGGUCUACAUGUACUUAAAUGAAGGGAUUAGGUUCGGUACAUGAAAAAUUUGAUGUUUGAACUGGGCUUUAGAAAUAUACAAAAGGGAAGAUAAUGUGAAUCCACCGAAUUUUGUUCAUCAGAUAAAGACAAAAGGCUAUGACGGCAUCGGCGUUAAUGUAUUCCACCACAUGCGGGGUUAUUAAGAUUCCAUCGCAAAAAAGUAUAAUUCGAUUGUGCGCCCUGUACUACUGGAAAGUGGCCUGCAAAGUGUGGCAUUUGGGCUUAAGUUUAGUUUUAUUCUUUGUUGGCUCCUUGUAAACUGAAGAAGAUAAAGCAGAGAAGACGCUAUGGCUUUGGUCUAAACUAGGCCUUUAGAAAUUAGUCCAAUAGCAGACUCGUAAGUUUAUUUCAUAAAAAGCCGUCAUUAGUAAUGUAUGGCACUGGAUCGCUUUUUUUCAAUCUUAUCUGACCGCGUUAUUUCUUCCUGUUUUCUAUAGUUUUCUUUGACUCCUCUUCAUCUUGCCUGUUGGUAUGGACAGGAUUCUGUUGUCAAAAUGUUGUUGAAAUACGGAGCGAAUGUCAACGCUAAAGACAGGGUGAGUCAGUUAAUGUUUUUUUUCAAUGAACAUUGUAAUGGGGGGUGGGGGCAAGGGAACUUCUUGUUUUUCGAGUAUUAUUUACCCACAUAUGAAUCUCUCUAGGAUGACCAAUUAAAUUGACCUCAGCAACCGUGUUGAUGUAUUCACCUUUUUGACUUUUGAGUGUUGAGUGUUAUAAGGCACACCGAAUGGGCCUUUUUUGUGCGGUGGAAUCUUAUUAACGUGUGGUGAAAUGCUAUACCAUCGAUUACGUCACAGCCUUUUAAGUGGUUUAACCGGUUUGUUAGGUUUUCUAGUUAUUUUAAUUUCGGAGUGAUGAUGUCGAAGUUUAUUUUAAGUUUUUUUUACGUCAUGUCCUUAUUUGGAUGCUUUAAACAAACUGUCCAUUUCAUCCGCUUUAUGCAGGUUUCACUGUUUUAAGCGGGCGUGCUGCAUGAAGCGGGCGAAUGGCAGAGCUUACUAACAAUUAUUCCUCGGCCUCAUAGGCUAUUGACUCAGAGGCCAUGAGGGCGAGAGGAAUAAUUGUUUUAGUAAAAUCCAACUAGUUUAUCAAAAAUAUCGAGACAAAACAACUUUAGCUGGUUAAAGCUAGUUUAAUCCUUUUUUGCCGCCAAAAAUCCGGCGCUUUUCGCUACUAGUGGGCCAUAACAUAUAGCCUGGUAGUAGCUCAACCAAUCAGAACGCAGCAUUGAUAAUAGACCACUAGUUGGAUUUUACUAAUUUCAAAUAUUUCUUCCUAUAAUUUCGGUAAAUGAAAGUCCCGUAAGAGUCCGCUUAAUGCAGGUUUCCUUGUUGUUUGGAUAGUUAACUGUAUAUUGUACUACCUUGUGUAGACAUACCGGUAGCUAGAAAAUUCUUCUUGUUGGCAAAUGCCACGUCCGAAGUUACACGAUUUACUCUGCUUGUGACGUUUUUAGUUUCAAAGAACACCUCUGCAAAAAGCGGAACGUCAAAGCCACCAUUCCAUAGUGCAGUUGCUACUGAAGAAUGAUGCCAGGCCAAGUCUUUACCAACCAGUAAGAUAUCAUAGUAUAUGUGCUUCAUGCCAAGCGUUGCCUUUCAGAUUAACUUCGCUUACAUUUGUUGUAUUCUAUGUCGAUAAUGUUGAACGUUAAAGUAGGACCUAUACAAUGUCGUAUGAGCUUUUAUCCAAGCUUACAUCUUGGAGAUCUUAUAUUUGUUCUUCUCUACACGAACAUUAUUUUUAACCAUUUUAAUGGUUAAAAAUAAUUAUUAAAAUAGCCGACAUCAGCAAAAGUCGAGUGUCUUUCCGUUUUGCAUUAAUAAAGGUUUUAUGGUAGAUUUUAUUUCUUGGUUAGUGAAUGUCUAUGGUUCUGGCGUUGCGUCUUAUACACAUGCGCUAUCUGAAUGGUUUUUGGACACACUUCACCGGCGAAAAAUGUCUGAUUGGUCGACGCGCGACCACGUGACAUUGCCAAAUUCAAAAUGGCGGCAAUACCUCCAUAGUUUGUAUAUUCCAGUGGAAAGAAGGUUAAUUGCGGCUUAAUAUGAGUUGCAAAUGCAUAUCGGAUAUUUUUAGAAUAGCCUAGACUUUUUACUAUCCUUUUUCACCUAUUUCUGUGGGAUUCGUUUCCUGCGAUGCUCGCGAUUUCGUCCGUUUACAGUAUUCAACUUUGGUUCACGAACGACUACAAUGUUUCUAAAAAAAGCAGGGUCACUAGAACGAACGGCCUUUGUUCACAGCUCAAUGCAGAUAAAUAAGACACUAUGGGUCCUUUGAAAUUGCUUAGACACCUGGUAGUUAUUUUAUUGUUAUUGUUAUUUUUUUUACCGAAAGGGUAAACUAAAGCAAAAAUGUUUGUUCUCCAGCAACACUUUCCAAUUUAUAAGAAAAAGCUUGAACAUGAGCUAAAUGAACUUUAGUGUCUGCAUUCAGUCUUUUCUUUGAGAACGGGUGCAAUUUUAAUAUCAAAACUUUAAAGCCGUCUUUGACCGAGCAAGGUUUUCUUCUUUUUUCUUUUCAAUGGUUACCGUGCUUGAUAUGAAUAAGAUAAUGGGAUUUAUAAAUUAGCGGAAUACUAUAUUUAAAAGAAGAGAACUUUGUAUCAAGUGUUGGGAAGAUCGCUUCGCUUCCCGAAGAUAUUCAUUAAAAAACUGAUUAUACUGAUUAUACUUUUUUAGUAUGUAAAGGUUAAAAAAGUAAUGCAUAUGUUCUAAAGUGCUACAAAGGAGUAAAAACCCAGAUCUUUCCAUUAGUAACUUUUAUUGACACUGUCAGGGACAUAUGCUUUCCUUGAGCACACAUUUGUUCGUUAAAAAAUCUUGUUUGUGAGGCUGCACUUUGUUUGAUUCAGGAUCAAUCAAUCUUUUCUGAAGAGAAAUGAAAAGUAAAGCAUGUUAACAUGUCAGAUACUUCAGCACUGCCUUAGCCAACAACUAAGAAGAAGCUGAACUUCAUAUCAAAAAACAAAGUGAAAACUACUUCACUGUGAAACAACAAUCUCUUCAAAUAUAUAUCACAUUAAAUUCAUGCAAAAUGUAGACCUGAUGAGAAGUUUAUAGGAAUAGAAACAAACGAUAAUUACAAUGAAACUAUAAUGUUUGAAUGAGAUCUGUGAGUGUUCUCUCAUAAUUCUAACAGAAGAUCAAAAUCAUGGAAACUGCACAUCCUACACAACAUGAUCCAACUAAAAUUUCAUUAAGACUCACUCAAAGUUUACUCCAAACUUUAAACUCCUGAUUAUUUUUUUUUCUUGGAAAGAACUUUUGAAUACUUAGUAGCAUUUUAACUCUGUCAUUCAUUCACAACUUUGCUCCAAAAAAAAUUAAGCCAAAAACAAUGGACAGAAAAACAAAAGCAUUCACAGGAAAAUUACCCUGUUCAUCUCCUUCCAGGAUCCAAUUUUCAAGCAAAGAAGCACCCCCCACAGAAAGCCUUGUGUGCCAAAAAAUUGUACACGGGGGAAAUCAUGUCCGUAAGUGCAGUUUCUAACGUGGAAAGUAACAAGGACCUCGUUGUGGAUAAUCCCAAGCCAAAUUUAUGAGCAAAAUAAUCUAAACUUCCAUCCUUCAAUUAUACCAUUGCAAGCCUAAACGUACAGCAGCUGUAGACAUUGUAAACAGAAUAUUUUUUACAAAUCAAAUGUUGCUGGACCUAUCGAACUGUAGCUCCAAGACGGUAUUAGCGUUUUAAUGAAAACACCCUCACAUUUUCUCAUUCUACAGUUCGGUUAAAACUCAAAUUUCUGUAACAUACAAAGCUGUACUAAUGUACAACAACAAUGAAAUGUGGAUAGAUGGACAAAAUCACGUUUCGAACUACGCACUUUAGCUUUCGAUCCACUUUUUUUGAGCUACAAGGCAAUUUACACACCAAUACAAUGGCUAAGAGUAAUUCUUUACCUUCGUUAUAAUUUCCCUUUGUACCGAGUGACACGAGAUUAGGUUGAACCAAGCGUAAGCAUAUUUUUCUUCCAUAAACAGUGUAAACAUGCGGAGAUUAAGCAUCUAAAUAUAGUUUUUCCAGCAACAAAGUACACGCUAAGUCAUAUUAACAAACCAAAGCACAAAAAAAUCUGUCCCUCUACUUUUUUUUUGGUUGAAUCCGUGAUAAGAAACUUGAACUAACAACAAAAACAUUUUGGGUAGCAUUUUAAUACGCUCUUCGAUCAACAGCCGAAUGUUAUCGAAUGUGAGAUUCACAAUGAAAGUCGAAUUUUGACACAAAAACGGGAUACAGAUUUAACAAAACUGUCGCUUCCGUGCAACUCGGUACAAGCUAAUUUAUAUACCAAAACAAAGCCCAAUAAUUUUUCUUCCACUACUUUAUAAAUUCUUUUUUUACCGAGUUGCACGGAACAUGCAGUGAACAAAAUGAGCAAAAAUUACCCACCUUUUCGGCAUGUCUUCCACAUGCAAACCAGCGAUCUCAACGUCAAUAACACUGAAUCAGACCAUGCCAAUGCGAUUUUUCUCCAGUUUCAGGACGCUGUAUUCUCUAGAGAACACUUUUACGUCAAAACUUUGACCAAAAUAAUUUUUGAUCUCUUACAGUGGCAAGAAAUUUGCAACGCUGUCACUGCCAAAAAAGGCUGUCAUCGCUACUUUCAUCCGAACAACAUUUCGCGGGCAUUUUCGCCUCGGAGCCAAUGACAUUACCCGAAAUGGAUCACGUGUCAUUUUUUGCAGAGCAUGCGUAGACAUUUUUCGCCGGUGAAUUGGACACACUGGAGCUGGGGUUUUAACAUGCUGAAAUCACAUGAAGGGAAGAAAACUACAUUACUGUUUGUGAAGUCCAUGAUAACUUUAACUAUAUUGGACUUAGAAGCAAAUCCGUACCCCACCGGUGUUUGAAGGUUAAGACAGUUAAACCUCCUCCCCCCUUGCCUCCUCCAGUGGGGUCUUUCGUGUUGCAUGAUUAGCCAAAAGUUAAAAAUGUAUCAUACCACCUGGGAUGAGCUUUCAAAGUAAUCUAGAUAUUAUGGGAUGUGGCUAGUGCUGUGGAGACCCAGUGAUUUCAUUCAAGAUAGUUCCACACUAAUAGCCGCCAUCAAAAUUCUAUUCCCCAAAUGAAACAGAAAAUUAGCUGAGACGUUUUUCAUACACGACAUUUUUUUUUGAAAUUCACUGUCUAACCUAGUUGCCUGCAAGAGCCAACAAAAACGUCAACAUUUGUCAGGAGGGUGGGGGUGUCAUCCACAAAGUCUUGUUUUCAAAACCUUUCCCCCAUCUGAACAGCUUCAAAUUCUCACAUCAAUUUUGUCGUCCGUUGGAGCCAUUUUCAUAUUUUUGGUCAUAAAUGAUUAUCAUUACUGUCAAACUUAGAAAAGCAUGAACGUUGAAAAUGUUCAUUGUCUUAUGAUCAGUCCCAUCGGAGAUAAGAAAAACGGGAGUUAGCGAGCAGCAAACCACAAAACAAUUACCGUUUCUGCUUGCAGCUUACUUCUCGCACACUUCUUUGGCUUCUUCCCUUGACACAUAACAUUGGCGAAAUAUUUUUGGUGUUGAUAGAAUAAAGUUUGUGUAACGCGCACGUCUCUUCAUUUGAUCAUAGUAAGAAUUAUUAACAAAAUGGUACGAAAAUCUCUUAUGUCUAUUUUUAAGUGGCCUGCCCUUAUGUUACUAAUGACGCCAUAUAUUUUAACCAUGACAGCCAACCACCAUUACAUGUUGUGUUAAAUGUGUCCAUUUGCAAUAACAAUACAGUGAAACCCUGUUAAUCUAUUAUCUGUAAAAGUAAGUGGCAAAUGAAUUUUCUCUUCAUUGUUUUUGCUCAAACACAUGGUCAUUUUCAUCAUAGGUCUGUCUAAAGAAACUCUCAAGAAAAGCUUUAUUGCAAGUGGAUGAACAAUCUGGAUUUAAUCUGCUCCAGGCGGCUGUCUUUGAAGGAAAAUACAACCUUGUUUUAGAAGCUAGUGGCCUUUUUGACAACUUUGUAGAAGAGAUGGAACUUACAGAAACGGGAAAUAACGCAAAAGAAUUUAUAGGAAAAACGGCAGUUGACUUCUUGUCACUUAGAAAGAGAAGAAACCCAUUUCAUGUUGAUAUCGAAAGGAUUUAUAAAAAGUUGGCUGAGGACAACAGCAGACUGACUGAGAAGCAGUGGGGUACAUGCGAUAAUGAUGUGGAACAGAUAGUUGAACAUGUAUUAAAUGACGGUGUAGAUAUUAAUGCCUCAGGAUCAGUCAACGAUUGGACAGCUUUGCUUCAGGCGAGUCGUUCAUCCUCAAGUACGUUUAUUGAGACCCUCAUUGAUCUUGGGGCCGACGUUAAUGCCCAAAGGAGAGAAAGCAAAGAAACACCACUAUUGUUAGCAGCUGACUGGAACAACUACAUGGCAGCAAGCUUAAUUGUAAGGCAUGGGGCUGAUGUAAAUCAUGUCCAUAUUAGUAAUGGGUUUACGCCACUGCACGUUUCAGUCAAUAAAGGUCACGAAAACCUCACCAGAUUGUUACUUAAACACAACGCGGAUGUAAAUAUUCAGGAUAAUCUUGGAUAUAAGCCCUUGCACUGGUGUGCCAGAAAGGGUAACGAAAAUCUCUGUACAUUGUUACUUGAACACAACGCCGAUGUAAAUUUUCAAGGUAAAGAUGGAUAUACCCCCUUGCACUGGUGUGCCUUAGCGGGGAACGAAAAACUCUUUAGAUUGUUGCUUGAACACAACGCCGAUGUAAAUAUUCAAGAUAAAGGUGGAUAUGCACCCUUGCACUGGUGUGCCUUAGCGAGGAACGAAAACCUCUGUAGAUUGUUGCUUGAACACAACGCCGAUGUAAAUGUUCAAGGUAAAGAUGAAUAUACACCCUUGCACUGGUGUGCCAGAAAGGGUAACGAAAACCUCUGUAGAUUGUUACUUGAACGCAACGCGGGUGUAAAUAUUCAAGAUAAAGAUGGAUAUACACCCUUGCACUGGUGUGCCUUAGCGGGUAACGAAAACCUCUGUAGAUUGUUGCUUGAACACAACGCCGAUCUAAAUAAUCAAGAUAAAGGUGGAUAUACACCCUUGCACUGGUGUACCUUAGCGGGGAACGAAAACCUCUGUAGAUUGUUGCUUGAACACAGCGCCGAUGUAAAUGUUCAAGGUAAAGAUGAAUAUACACCCUUGCACUGGUGUGCCAGAAAGGGUAACGAAAACCUCUGUAGAUUGUUACUUGAACACAACGCAGAUGUAAAUAUUCAGGAUGAAGAUGGAUAUACACCCUUGCACUUGUGUGCCAGCGAGGGUAACGAAAACCUCUGUAGAUUGUUACUUGAACACAACGCACGUGUAAAUAUUCAGGAUGAAGAUGGAUAUACACCCUUUCACUGGUGUGUCGAAAAGGAUAACGAAAACCUCUGUAGAUUGUUACUUGAACACAACGCGGAUGUAAAUACUCAAGGUAAUCGUGGAUAUACACCCUUCAACUGGAGUACUAGAGAGGGUAACGAAAACCUCUGUAGAUUGUUGCUUGAACACAACGCGAAUGUAAAUACUCAAGAUGAAGAUGGAUAUAUACCCUUGCACUGGAGUACUAGAAAGGGUAACGAAAACCUUUGUGGAUUGUUACUUGAACAUAACGCCGACGUAAAUGCUCAAGAUCACCGUGGCUAUACACCCGUGCACUGGAGUAUCAGAAAGGGUAAAGAAAACCUCUGUAGAUUGUUACUUGAACACAGCGCGGAUGUAAAUACUCAAGAUGAAGAUGGAUAUACACCCUUGCACUGGUGUGCCUUAACGGGGAACAAAAACCUCUGUAGAUUGUUACUUGAACACAACGCGGAUGUAAAUACUCAAGAUGAAGAUGGAUAUGCACCCUUGCACUGGAGUACUAAAAAGGGUAACGAAGACCUCUGUAGAUUGUUACUUGAACACAACGCGGAUGUAAAUAUUCAAGAUAAUCAUGGAUAUACACUCUUGCACUGGUGUGCCUUAAUGGGGAACGAAAUCCUCUGUAGAUUAUUCGUUGAACACAACGCGGAUGUAAAUAUUCAAGAUAAAUGGGGAUAUACACCCUUGGACUGGAGUAUUGGAAAGGGUCACGAAGAGCUCUGUAGAUUGUUACUGGAACACAGCGCGGAUGUAAAUAUUCAAGAUAAGGGUGCACCUUUUAGCUUUUAA